AUGAGCUGGCUGCAGACACACGAGGUGGCUAUUCCGUUCUACGAGAUACGCGCAGGCAAGCAGGUUUUUGCCAUUCAAGUGCAGGAACGACCUCUUCGACAAGAGCAACUGGCGAGCAACUGGUCUAACAUAACGAGCUCAAGCUCGCAAUGUUUGCUGGACGAAGACGGUGAGAACAGCAGUGUGACUGGCAAUACCUCUGGGGUUUGCGUCGCAGCGAUGCGGUCGUAUUCUCAAUUCCGCAAGCUUUGGCGAGACCUGAUCCGCGCUACGAAGACCCCAUCGACUGCGUCCUUAUCGCGCUCCAACAGUGCCGAUCUGGCCCGCAGUGGACAUUCGUCGAACUGCCGGCUGGCGAAUUCCUUUCACUCUUUGUCCAUUGAUGGCGAGUCCUCGUCUUCCUGUCGAUGUCGCAACUGGAACUGCACAUUCCGCAAUCUCCACUACUUUCUCAAGACUUAUCCGUUCCCGUCAAAGCUCCUGAUCAAGCGUCAUACCGCCUCUGUGCUGGAUACCCGUCGUCAAGGCCUAGAGCUCUUUAUCACGACUGUACGAGGACUCUUCGAUACUUUCCCUCGCCCGUUUCUUCAAAGUAUUGACGAGUUGGGUACCUGUCAAAACUCAACGGGUCGCAGAUCUCGAUACUAUCGAGGCAUGAGUAUCAGAAGCCACACUGCUUUCCUGGCUCGCAAUCCGACCAUGCCGUAUCGUAGGGGUUCCGCUACAUCCAUGGUGGUGACCCCGCAGACGUUACUGCCAGGUCUUCCGAAACUGAAGCUACCUAACGCGGAAGUAUCUUCGAUCCGCUCGUUCCUUGAGGAGUUCCGGGAUCAUCUGCUAUUAGACUCACAAGCUCUUGGAAACUCAUCAACACCCAUCGAAUGGAACGAGGAUCGACAGUGGGAGCUGGCGUUGUAUGUGGCGAGUCAAAUCGGUCACGCUUAUGCGGUCGAGUCGAUUUUGUACCGUGGCACGAGUCCGAAUGUAGUGAUGGAGGAUGGGCUGUCGAGUUUGCAUGCAGCCUGUCGUGGUGGUCACCGGAGUAUUGUUGCCAUGCUGCUAACUCACGGAGCUGACACAAACAUCACGGACCCCAACGGCGUAUCACCUUUGCUAGCUGCCGUACAACUGGGAGACCUUGAGAUCGUGGAGAUGCUUGUGGAAUAUGGCGCAGACGUUAAUUUGUGCAACAAGGACAAUGUGUCUGCGGUGCACGUGGCGGUUGCUAGUCAAACGUUUCCUGUUCUUCAGCUGCUACUCGAGUGCGACGCCUUUGUCAACACUACAAACACUUUCAAUGGCAAAACACCUCUGCAUCUUGCAGCUCAGACCGGUAGUCUACCGACGUGUAAGCUGCUGCUGAACUACGGAGCUAACAUCCACCACAAGACGACAAGAGGACUGGAUGUUGUGGCGCUUGCGAAGACGCAUGUUCAGUUCGUCUGUGAAGAUGGAUACGCAUACGCCGUCUUGUAA